AUAAUAACAACACUUAACGCAAGACACCACAAUAAUAUAUUUUAUCAGUAUCAGCUCCCCAUUGUUCUUCAUCAAUACCCAAUUUGGAGCGAAUAAGUAGGGUUCAAUCACCGGAGUAGAAAUCCAAUUAGGGUUUUGUUAAAUUCCCUCUUCCAAAUUUUGUGGAUACCAAAAAGCGAAGUACUUUUGUUGCCUUCAAUCAAUCGGUAAGAAAUCAUGCCUCGUAAAGCUAAUUAUGGAUAUGGUUAUGACGACGAAGAUGAUUAUGAAGAUUACGACGAAGAUUAUGAGUAUGAAGAGGAAGAUGAUGGCGAGGUUACUGCCCAUGAAGAAAAGCAUGGUGAAGAAGCUGUAGUAAAUACGGAAGCAGUUAAGCCCGGGCUUUGGUGCUGUUCUAUAUGCACCUAUGAUAACCAUGAUAGUAUGACCUAUUGCGAGAUAUGUAGUGUUCUUCGUUUCCCCCCGUCUAACAGUGGCAGCAGUACUGAUAAGAAAACAGUUGGUGGCACGUGCAAAGACUCUGGAGUAUCCCAGUUGGCCAAGUCUCUCUUUGCAUCAGUGCCAUGUCGGACACCCAAAAUGGCUGUAGCCUCUCAUCCACAGAAUUUUUUUAAUGUGACUGGAGAAGGCAAUAGAUGCCAUGAUAUUAUAAACGUUCAACAACAUUAUCAUGUGUUCUCUGAUGGACUGAGUGCACCUCGUAGCUCCCGCUUCACAACUAUAGUCCCAUUCAAGUUCGAUGUUCCUUCACCAGAUGAUGUCGUCUCCUUGAACACAAUUAACAAAGGAUCUACUGGUGCACCCCCAGGGUUUUCCGUGAAGAAUAAAGCCACAACUACACCAUCUAGUGCAAGACAGACUGAUAGUUCCUUUGCAAUUAAAGGAAGAAUCACUCCAGAAGAUCAGAGUUUUACCUCGACUUCAAAAUUCCCAAGGAACAUUGAUGUGGCUGAGGGCCCGUCAAGCUCUACAAGAUCUGAUAAAUCUCCCACAAGGGAUCGAAAAUCAAAACACAGUAGCGUAGGUGGGAGCAGUUCUCUAGCAAAUGGAGCAGAAUCCGAGAGUCUUUCCAGUGGGCUGGAUCAUAUAUCCUUAGAUAGUAAGCCUGGUUCCUCCAAACUUGUUAUUCCUAAGAAAACCCUUGCACAGUACAAACCUGAGAAGUGGAUCCUACCUGACAAAGAAGAUGGCACAAUGACUCAACUAAAUCUUGCUAUUGUUGGCCAUGUCGAUUCCGGAAAGUCAACUUUAUCAGGAAGACUCUUACACCUUUUGGGACAAAUAUCAAAGAGGCAGAUGCAUAAGUACGAGAAAGAAUCCAAGCAACAGGGAAAAGGUUCCUUUGCAUAUGCCUGGGCUCUGGAUGAAAGUGCUGAAGAAAGAGAACGGGGAAUAACCAUGACAGUUGCUGUUGCAUAUUUUGACUCUAAAAGAUAUCAUGUGGUUGUGCUAGACUCACCUGGACAUAAAGAUUUUGUCCCUAAUAUGAUAUCUGGCGCAACUCAAGCGGACGCUGCAAUUCUUGUUAUAGAUGCAUCAGUUGGUGCAUAUGAAACAGGCAUGGAUAAUAUUGGUGGACAGUCACGAGAGCAUGCACAACUUAUCAGAAGUUUUGGUGUCGAUCAGAUUAUUGUUGCUGUUAACAAAAUGGAUGUUGUGGGUUACUCCAAGGAACGGUUUGAAUUGAUCAAACAUCAAGUUGGAUCAUUUCUUCGUCAGUGCGGUUUCAAGGAAUCUUUCAUCUCAUGGGUUCCUGUGAGUGCUAUGGAAAAUCAGAAUAUGGUGGCUUCUGCUUCUGAUUUACGGCUAAGUUCCUGGUACAAGGGAUCUGAUCUUUUGGGUACAAUAGAUUCACUCCGUCCUCCUAAGAGAGACUAUGAAAAACCUCUGCUCAUGCCCAUAUGUGAUGUUAUCAAGACAAAUUCAAUGGCUCAGAUUUCAGCAUGUGGUAAGCUGGAGGCGGGAGCUCUUCGAAAUGGGUGCAAGGUGUUAGUUAUGCCCUUGGGAGAUACAGCAACGGUACGCUCUAUUGAGUGCAACUCCCAACCUUGUGCUGUCGCAAGAGCUGGAGAGAAUGUUUCUGUUGUUCUACAGGGCAUUGAUGUUGCUCAUGUGAUAGGAGGUGGGGUGUUGUGUCAUCCAGAUUAUCCUGUUAGGGUUGCAUCUCACUUGGAGUUGAAGAUUCUUGUUUUGGAUGUGAAAAUCCCUAUAUUGAUUGGUUCUCAGUUGGAAUUCCAUAUCCACCAUGCAAAGGAAGCAGCUCGAGUUUUAAAAAUAGUAUCGUUGCUUGAUUCCAAAACUGGCAAGGAGACAAAGAAGGCACCUCGUUGUCUUGUAGCAAAGCAGAGUGCUGUAAUAGAGGUAGCUUUACACAGCGCUAUUUGUGUCGAGGAUUUCUCCAGUUGUAAAGCUCUUGGACGGGUUUUCCUGCGUUCAUCAGGAAGAACUAUAGCAGUAGGGGUAGUGACACAAGUGAUGGAGGAUCAAAAGUAGUUAGAUCUCUUAGUUUGUUGUACAUUGUUAUAUCACUAAAUUCAAAUUCUAGUGUGUAUGUUUUAGUUCAAUUAAGUACACACAGAAAAUGAGAUAUGAGGGGGCUUUUAGCCAAUCAGUUUAUAUGAGGCACAACCGUGCAAGCGAAUAACAUAGUCAAUAUCUAUAUGGAAACAUCCUCAAUUUUCUUAUGUAUAUGUCCCUUGAUGUUAAACGCUAUUUUAAUGUAAAUGUCUUACUAAUAUUUAUUUUCCA